GCCGCUGGCUGGUGCGGGUCUGCUGCUGCAAACGCCGGCUGCUUCGUAAAUUUUUCCAAAAUAGCCUAAGUUUUAUUUAAAUGUAGUAAUUCGGCCGCCGAAAGUGUAAAUCAACAUGAAGUUCUCGUUUACCUACAUUUUAGUGCUGCUCUGCGCACUGAUACUGCCGUCAACUCUAGGAAAAACCAAUUCUAAGAGUGCAGUUGUAGAAGGAAUCACCGAUGCCAAGGAGCUGAAGAAACUAUUUCGCACUAAAACCAACGUGCUAGUAUUGUUUGUGUCCAGCUUGAAGGAAGCCCAGAGUACCGUGAAUGCAUUCCGAGAUGCAGCCGAAAUCAUCAAAGGACAGGGUACGAUGGUUUUGUUCGACUGUAGCAAUAGCGACAUGAAGAAGAUCUGCAAGAAACUCAAGGCCCAUCCGGCUCCGUAUACAUUGAAGCACUUCAAGGAUGGUGAUUUUCACAAGGAUUACGACCGCCAGUUGACGGCAAUUAGCAUGGCCAAUUUCAUGCGCGACCCAACAGGAGAUUUACCUUGGGAAGAGGAUCCCGUUGGCGUCGACGUGGUGCACGUACCGGAUGCAGUGGCUCUAGGCAAGUUCCUCAAGAAGGAAGUUCGACCAGUAUUAGUAAUGUUCUAUGCACCGUGGUGCGGAUUUUGUAAAACCCUCAAACCAGAAUACUCAGCAGCAGCCACCGAGUUGAAACCCAAGUACGUACUGGCUGCGAUAGAUGUGAACCGUCCGGAGAACUCCAUCAUCAGGAAGCAAUACAACAUCACGGGAUUCCCAACACUUCUCUACUAUGAGAAUGGUCGCAUGAAGCAUACCUUCGACGGAGAAAACAACAAAGCGGGAAUCAUUGCCUUUAUGAAGAAUCCGGCAGCCCCUCCACCGACGAAACCGAAGGAGCCGGACUGGGCUUCGGAACCGACCUCGGAGAUUGUCCAUUUGGGUAGCGCCAACUUCGAGCCGGCACUGAAGGAUGAAAAAUCGGCCUUGGUCAUGUUCUAUGCACCGUGGUGUGGCCACUGUAAGAAAAUGAAACCAGAAUACGAGAAAGCGGCCACCAUCAUGAAGGACAAGAAGAUCGCCGGUGUUCUGGCCGCGUUGGAUGCCACCAAGGAGCCAGCCAUUGGGCAGCAGUUUGGAGUGAAGGGCUAUCCGACGGUGAAGUAUUUCAGCAACGGUGAAUUCAAGUUCGACGUGAAUGUUCGUGAUGCGGAUAAGAUUGUUGAAUUUAUGAAGAAUCCAUCGGAACCCCCACCACCGCCGGCUCCGGAAGCACCCUGGGACGAAGAGCAGAACGAAGUCGUUCACCUCAACGACGAAACAUUCAAACCAUUCCUGAAGAAGAAGAAGCACGUACUGGUUAUGUUCUACGCACCAUGGUGCGGCCACUGCAAGCGCGCCAAGCCAGAAUUUGCCAACGCCGCCGAGCAGUUCAAGGAUGAUCCCAAGGUUGCCCUGGCAGCUGUUGAUUGCACCCGGCACAGUGGAGUCUGCUCGGCAUACGAGGUUCGUGGCUAUCCAACGAUGAAGUACUUUAGCUAUCUCAAAACCGUCAAGGAGUAUAACGGAGGCCGGACGGAGGCAGAUUUCGUAAAAUUUCUCAAGGAUCCCAACGCACCACCGCAGGAGAAAGCUCCAGAACCAUAUGGAGAUUUCUCCGGUUCGGAUAAAAUAAUCAUCAUGAGUGAUAAGAACGCAGACGAUGUCCUGCAAAAUGAAGACCGUCUACUGGUGAUGUUCUACGCACCGUGGUGCGGACACUGCAAACGAAUGAAGCCAGACUUUGCCGAGGUGGCUAACCUUCUUGUUAAGAAUGGUGUCCCGGGUAAGGUCGCGGCCGUUGAUUGCACUGAGCACACAAAAACGGCCGAACGGUUCGAGAUUCAAGGGUUCCCCACGAUGAAGUACUUCGUUCGGGGGAAGUUUAUCAAAAAUUAUGAAGAUAAGCGCACGGCUCAGGCCAUGUUUGAAUUUAUCCGCUCGAAUGGCGCCAGCACAAAGGAUGAACUAUGAACAACCCUUUGUUGGACGGGUUUCUGUAAAAAAGAAGAAAUAGUUUGUGAUCUGAUUAAACUCGCACAAAUUGCUGAAAGAAGCGAGUGAUCUUUUACUGUAUCUGCCUCAGUUUAUAUAUUCCUCUAUCUGUCUGUGUAAUAACUUUUUUUAACGAUCUUGAUUUUCUAAACAAACUGUUUUCAAAUAUUAAAUUAAAUCGUUGACCGUGCUGUAUAAUUUAUCGCGGGAAUCGGAAGCAAGCACACCUACGGUCAACAAAUCAAACUAAAAGACUUUCUUGAAUGAUCAAAUAUCGUGGUUGAAUGAGUGAUUUAUCUGCGUAGCCGUCACUGGAACGUGUGAAUGAAAUAUAGGUGUUUUAUUAUUUAAAUCUA